AUGUUCUAUGAAGACUAUCUUCCUUCGGCCCCAAAAUAUGAGUUUGAGGGAGUUCAGGAUUGUCUCCAGAUUUUAGACCUAGCGGAACCAGAUUAUGAUCCUUCUUUUAAUCAACUACCCAUCAGACUGCCGAGCGGACCUCAUGAAGUAGCAAUUACUGCGUUUGACGGAAUAUUCCGCGACUGGAAAGGUAUAGGGGAUGAACGUUAUCCGCUGAUUUCUACGGCGACACAGUCAGUGAGAAGCUCUGCGGGAAAAUUCAAAAGUCCUGAUUUCUCGUGGACUCCUAUGCAUUCUGGCCGCGACACGGAAUGGCCUAGCAUAGUGUUGGAAAGUAUAUGGUCGGAGCCACGGGCAAAGGCUGCGAACGAUAUGAGGUUCUGGCUUACACAAAGCGCAGGACAGUCCAUAGAGGUGGGCAGAUUCUCAUUCAACAAUGAGAGACGAGAAACCCCUGUGCAAACGAUUGAUGUCGUUCGAAAGCUAGUCUCAACACGCAAAAAGGUGCAAGGGCAUAUGCACCUUGCCUUUGAAGAUAUCAAUUAUCGGUCUAAAAGAAAGAAGCCAGAUAAAGACUUCAUUUUAACUGACCAGGACAUGGAAGCCAUCGCGAAACAAGUUUGGCUUGUUCGGGACCAAGCUUAG